AUGUACGCCAGGAGGAUGGGAAAUACCGCUGGGCUUGAUCAAAACACCAUUUGGGGGUCGCGGCUGUUACUAUGGAGGGUGUGGCAGGCCCGGGUGUUUCCACAAAACUCGGGAUCGGACCUGGGCCUGGAAGCGAGGACUUAUUCCCAGAGUGACGGCCCUUACUCGCGCACGGCGUUCUUCGAGUUGCUCGGCGUCCCCUCCAUGGCCACGCAGGUGCAGAUCAAGGCAGCUGAGUACCGGCAGCACUUCCUCUACCAGCCGGACCGCAACUCGGGGAGCGUCGAGGCUGCCGAGCGCUUCACGCGCAUCUCCCAGGCCUACGUGGUGCUGGGCAGUACCACCCAGCAUCGCAGGUAGGACCACGGCCUGCUCAGCGAUGAGGACCUGCGCGGCCCCGGGGUCCGGUCCUCCAAGAUGCCCGCCACCGACCCCGACUCGCCCGGCACCCAGCCGCCCGCCUCUUGGACCCAGGGCCGCGCUCAGGCCUCGUCGGGAGCCAACUGCACCAUGCUCGACUUUAACGCCUUCUACCGGGCGCACUACGGCGAGCAGCUGGAGCGCGAGCGGCGCCUGAGCGCCCGGCGGGAGGCCCUUGGCCAGCAGCAAGAGGACCGGGUCAAGAAGGGCUUACCUUCCCUGAAGGGCUUACGCUGGGACGAGAGCCGAGAAAUGGCUUUCGUCUUGAUUCUCCGCGCAGUCUUCAUCAUCCUGGGCUUUCGAGCGGAGGGAAGGAGAGCAGCCCCCCCGCCCCCAAGAAUUGGCCUUUCCUGUCAUCUUGAACCCAUUGCCUUCCGCUGUCUACCGUUGUCUACCUCUGCUGGGAUCCGAAGGAACUGCUCUCCCCUUCCUCUUCCCCUUCCCCACCCAGCCAGCGUAGCCAUUGACCUGCACAUCCCUAACGCUCUGGUCCAGAAGAGGAGGGUUUUCCGUACCCAAGAAAAAGGCCCCCAAUGA